CAAUUCCAUCCAGGGUUUUAAACAGCCUCCUCUUUUAGUAAAACCUGACCUAAACCCUCAAAAAACAACACACUGACACAGAGAGACUCUAAGAAUCAUCACAGAGAAGCAGCAGAACCGGCGGCGGCGGAAACUGUCCGUCGAAACGCAGAAAGGAAAAAAAGCAAGCUAAACACGGCCGAUAAAUAGGCAGAAGCUAUAAUAAUGAGGAAGAAGGUGGACGAGAGAAUCAGAACACUCAUAGAAAAUGGCGUCAAAUUACGCCACCGUUCUCUCUUCCUUAUCAUCGGCGACAAGUCACGUGACCAGAUUGUGAACCUUCAUUAUAUGCUAAGCAAGGCAGUGGUGAAAUCUAGACCGUCCGUUUUAUGGUGCUACAAGGAUAAACUUGAACUUAGCAGUCACAAGAAAAAAAGAGCAAAGCAGGUGAAAAAGUUAAUGCAGAGAGGACUGUUGGAUCCUGAGAAAGUUGAUCCUUUUUCGCUCUUUCUUGAGACCGGAGGUUUGACAUACUGUUUGUAUAAGGAUACUGAAAGAAUUCUCGGUAAUACUUUUGGAAUGUGCAUAUUACAGGAUUUUGAGGCUCUGACUCCAAAUUUGUUGGCUAGAACGAUAGAAACAGUUGAAGGUGGUGGAUUGAUUGUGUUGCUGCUACGCUCUUUAUCUUCGUUGACCAGUUUGUACACAAUGGUUAUGGAUGUUCAUGAGAGGUUUCGUACCGAGUCCCAUUCUGAGGCAACUGGGCGCUUUAAUGAACGUUUCUUGUUAUCACUUGCUUCGUGCAAAGCAUGUGUGGUUAUGGAUGACGAGCUUAACAUUUUACCUAUUUCUUCUCAUAUAAGGUCAAUCACCCCAAAUCCUGUUAAAGAGGAUUCUGAAGGGCUUUCAGAAGCGGAAAGAAACUUGAAGAAUUUGAAAGAACAACUCCAUGAGGAUUUUCCUGUUGGUCCUUUGGUCAAAAAGUGCUGUACACUAGAUCAGGGAAAAGCUGUGAUCACAUUUCUUGAUUCAAUUUUGGAUAAGACGCCGCGCAGCACGGUUGCUUUGCUGGCUGCUCGAGGUCGUGGGAAAUCUGCUGCCCUUGGUUUAGCAGUCGCUGGAGCUAUUGCGGCUGGGUAUUCAAAUAUAUUUAUUACUGCACCUAGCCCUGAAAACUUAAAGACUUUGUUUGAAUUCAUCUGCAAGGGAUUCGAUGCACUUGAAUACAAGGAACAUAUUGAUUAUGAUGUGGUGAAAAGUGCAAAUCCUGAGUUCAAAAAAGCUACUGUGCGCAUUAAUAUCUUCAAGCAGCACAGACAAACAAUUCAGUAUUUACAGCCACAUGAACAUGAAAAGCUCUCCCAAGUUGAACUGCUUGUUAUUGAUGAAGCUGCUGCAAUUCCAUUGCCUGUUGUGAGGUCCCUACUGGGUCCAUAUCUGGUUUUCCUUUCAUCAACUGUGAAUGGCUAUGAAGGUACUGGCCGAUCCUUGUCACUAAAACUUCUGCAGCAAUUGGAAGAACAAAGCCAGAUAUCUUCUAAGAAUGUGGAGGGCUCUCUUUCUGGUCGUCUUUUCAGAAAGAUAGAAUUAAGCGAGUCUAUCAGAUAUGCUUCUCGUGAUCCCAUAGAAUCCUGGCUCAAUGCCUUACUCUGUCUCGAUGUUGCGAAUUCAAUACCUAGUAUCAGCAGAUUACCCCUACCCAGUGAAUGCGAUCUCUAUUAUGUCAAUCGGGACACUCUUUUUUCCUAUCACAAAGACAGCGAGUUAUUUCUGCAGCGAAUGAUGGCAUUAUAUGUUGCGUCUCACUACAAAAACUCUCCUAAUGACUUACAACUAAUGGCCGAUGCUCCAGCACAUCAUUUGUUCGUGUUGCUUGGCCCUGUUGAUGAGUCAAAAAAUCAACUUCCUGAUAUCUUAUGCGUCAUCCAGGUCUGUCUUGAAGGCCAGAUUUCUCGUAAAUCUGCAAUCCAAAGCUUAAGUGAAGGUCAUCAACCCUCUGGGGACCAAAUACCAUGGAAAUUCUGUGAGCAGUUCCGUGAUACAGUUUUCCCUAGCUUUUCAGGUGUUCGUAUUGUACGCAUUGCCACCCAUCCAAGUGCAAUGAGGCUUGGAUACGGUUCUGCUGCAGUAGAACUCUUAACCAGGUACUUUGAAGGAAAAAUAACUCCCAUUUCUGAAGUAGAUGAUGAAAAUGAUGUGGAGAUUCCUCGAGUUAGAGUUACCGAAGCUGCAGAGAAGGUUUCUUUGCUAGAAGAAAAUAUAAAACCUAGGACAGAUCUUCCACAUUUGCUAGUACAUCUUCAUGAACGGAAACCAGAAAAGCUCCAUUACCUCGGUGUUUCCUUUGGGUUAACUUUGGACCUUCUUCGCUUUUGGAAGAGACGUAAAUUUGCCCCCUUCUACAUCGGCCAAAUUCCAAAUACUGUAACUGGUGAGCAUUCAUGUAUGGUCCUCAAACCAUUAAACAGUGAUGAUAGUGAAGUUAGUGGGUCAGAUGAAUGGGGCUUUUUUGGUCCAUUUUACCAAGAUUUCAAGCGAAGGUUUGCUAGGCUACUGGAAGGUGACGGUUUCCGUUCAAUGGAAUAUAAGCUUGCUAUGAGUGUCUUGGAUCCUAAGAUUAAUUACGCUGACAUGGAGCAAGAACCCAUGCCAUCUGCCCCUGAUGGAUUUUGGAGGUCACUUACUGAUGAUCUAUCACUAUAUGAUUUGGAAAGGUUGAAAGUUUAUACUGAAAACCUAGCUGAUUUUCAUUUGAUUUUAGACAUUGUUCCAAUCCUGGCUCGUCUAUAUUUUCGAGGAAAGCUUCCCAUAUCAUUGUCAUAUGUUCAGGCUUCUGUUUUACUCUGUGUUGGUUUGCAGCAACGAAAUAUUACCUUUAUUGAGGAACAAAUGAAGUUGGAAAGAACACAAAUUUUGUCACUUUUUAUGAAGGUUAUGAAGAAGUUCUACAAAUAUCUUCAUGGUAUUGCAUCAAAAGAUGUAGAAUCAACCCUACCCAGGUUAAAAGAGAGGGAGCUGAGACCUCACAGCAUAUCGGUGGAUGAUGAUCUAAAGGAAGCAGCAAAGCAAGUUGAGGAUGGGAUGAAAUCCAAGAUGGAGGGUUUGCUGAGUCCUGAAUUCCUUCAACAGUACGCAAUUGAGGGGGAAAAAGAAGAGUUCGACGAUGCUUUGCAAAAACACGGUGGAAAGAUAAACCCAGGUAGUGUUAUUAGUGUAAAAUCCAAUAGAGUUAAACCAGAGAAACAUGGAAAGCAAGAGAGUAGUAGGAGUGGGAAAAAGCGAGGUAAGGAAGACCGCGGCUCUAAAUCAAAUAAAAAGAGUAAAUCUUAAUCGUAAGAGCACGAGAAUACUCCCUAACUUGAGCCCUGUGAAGGUGGCAAAGGAUGAAUGCCUUGAGCUGGAGCAGAAUUUUAUGGUUAUGAUUGUUAUGAGUAGUUCAGAAUGUUGUUCUGCAACUCUCUUGGUCAGACCUAGACAAGAUCAUCUACAUAAUGGAUAGUAAGCCGCAAUUUUGAUUGAGAAAGCUAUUAGCCCUUGAUUUUAAAGGAUCUUUCAGUGUCAUUUUUAGCCGCAAUUUUGAUUGAGAAAGCUAAUGCCCUUGAUUUUAAA